UGGGCUGUGUAGAACUAAACUGACUGCGACCUUGUUCCUGUUACAUUUCCUCCUGACGGUAAACGUGAUGGCUGCCGUGUCGCGCGCUCGUAAAUUUGCACGCUGCGUCGUCCGUUUCUCUGACCGUGAUCUGUAAAAAACGCCGCCAUCGCACGGUUUCACGCGUCAUCACAAGACGUCAAAGAUACGCCAACAUGGAUGAAAACAACCAAAAUGCCGAUGUCGGUUCUGUCGAAGAAGGGGAAGAUGAAAAUUCCGAGGACUCGAAUCUGCAGCUGGAGCUUAGUGCUUUUAGGGCUCAGUGGAUGUCAGAGCUGCGUCCCGGCUCGGGUUAUAAGACUGGACUGUCCAAAGCUGCUGAUCUGAAGAAGACACAGGAGCUAGCCAGAGAGGAAAAAGCUCGAGAGCUGUUCCUGAAGGCUGUUGAAGAGGAACAAAAUGGAGCUGUUUACGAAGCCAUCAAGUACUACAAGAGUGCAAUGCAGCUCGUCCCUGACAUCGAGUUUAAGAUCAACUACAGCAGAUCUCCUGAUCCAGACCGUGUGGGUGGGAGCUACCUGGAGGAGAACAAAAACGAUGGCGAGAUUGAUGAUCUCCUUGCAUACCUCCAACAGCAGCUGACCGUAGAGCAUUCCUCCCAGAAGAUUUGUCAGCCUGAGGUGGAGACAUCGCAGGUGCAUAUUUCAGCAUUGCCACUAGAGGUGCUGAUGUACAUCUUUCGCUGGGUGGUGAGCUCGGAUUUGGAUAUGCGGGCGUUAGAACAGCUUUCCCUCGUCUGCAGGGGUUUCUACAUCUGUGCAAGGGACCCUGAGAUCUGGCGCUCGGCCUGUUUGAGGGUGUGGGGCCGGAGCUGCACCAAAUCGCUUCCGUUCACCUCGUGGAGGGAAAUGUUCUUGGAGCGGCCGCGUGUCCGCUAUGACGGUGUUUAUAUCAGUAAAACAUCCUACAUCCGUCAGGGGGAGGAGUCUCUGGAUGGCUUUUAUAGAGCGUGGCACCAGGUGGACUAUUACAGGUACCUACGCUUCUUCCCCGAUGGUCACGUAAUGAUGUUGACCACGCCUGAGGAGCCUCUGGUCACACUUCCACGUCUGCGCAGCAAGAGCACAAGGAUGGAGUCCAUCAUGAUUGGCCACUACCGGCUGUCCCAGGACACGGACAAUCAAACCAAAGUUUAUGUUGUCGUAUCCAAGAGAAAAGAAGAGAAGGUACCCGAGUACCAGAGGAGACGGUUCUGCAGGCAGUACCCAGCUCCCGAGACUGAACGCUCCUUCCAUGUGGGGCUGCAGCUUUCCUCCGGGGGGCGCCAGCGCUUCAACAAGCUGGUGUGGAUCCAUCACUCCUGCCACAUCACAUACAGAUCAACAGGAGAAACAGUCAUCACGGCAUUCGACCUUGACAAAAUGUAUACACCAUUGUUUUUUGCCCGAGUGAAAAGCUACACCGCGUUCUCAGAGCGCCCCCUGUAGGGCCACAGCAUGUAGAACAUCAAGAAUAACAUGGUUUUACGCACUUCUGUCCCCAACAAACAUAUCACCCCUUAAUCCUCCUCGCUUUGAGCAUGAGGCUAAUGAAUGUAAAAAAUACAAAGGUUGCAUGAGGAUUUCUAAAAAUUCCUUAUAGCAGCGUAGAAGCAUUACCAUCUAGGUUUACUGUUUGUCUGUUUGAAUUGAUCACUGGCUUACUGUAGUAACUGCAGAUGUACAGUAGAUUUAAAGCAUAAAAGCAGCUGUUUUCUCCUUACUUUUCACCAAUGCUGAAUGUUUUCACGUAGAUAUUUUUGUGGAUUUUUUUUUUGUGUGUGUGUGUGUCUACUGAUGACUGGAACAACCAAAUAAACAUGUUGAAGGUU